ACUUGACAAGAGUGGUCUCCUGAAUUUAUUUAUUUUUAUUUUAAUUUAAAUGAAUAUUAAAAUGAUGAACCCCUUAACUCUAGCCAUCACUUUUUUAGCCUGUGCUCUCUUGUCAAUGACAGAAGCAGGACUUCCGUCACAGCCCCGAUGCCGCUGUACAGAAACAGUAUCAAAGGAAAUCCCUCAUCAUAGAAUUGUGAAGAUGGAGAUACUUCAGCCUGGUCCUCACUGUAAAAAUACAGAAAUAAUUGCUACAGUGAAAUUCCGGAAAGAAUUUGAAAUUUGCCUCAACCCCAAAGCCAAGUGGGUUCAGAACGCCCUCAAAAGACGGAACCUGGCACAACAGAAUCAAACUGCAUUGAAGGUUUAAGGAAAAGAAAAGAAGGGAGAGCUAAUGAAGUCAGAUUAUUUUAUCAUCUCAGUAUCGCUUCACUCAUCAUAUGAGUAAUUAAUGAAGUAGUUUUGUACAAAGUCUUCAUGUCAUAAAACCAUCAAAUGUCUGUUUUUCUUUAAUUAUAACAAUUUAUGAACAUUUCACCUUAUUAUUAAUAAAGUGUUUUGAAAAUUC